CUUCCAGAGCUCACCUUUGAAUCUGCUUCAGCUUUUUCUCCUCGCCGGCUUUUAUUUUUCUCGUUAGAGAGAAAAACAAAGGACAGUCUGUAAGAUAUGGCAAACAGAUGUUCGAUUCAGCAGAACGGCUACUGUGCCGCCGGCGAUCGGCCGGUUAUCUGCCCCAAACCUCGUCGGUUUUUCUCGCCGGCAGAUGCUUCGGAUCCGAAAUCUGCUAACCAUCUUCUCGAUGCCCUUUUUCCAAAGCUAUCGGAUCCAGCGCCGCUGUUUCUCUGCGGGUCGCCGCCGACGAGAUCCAAUAACCCUAUGGUCCACGACGUCCGAUUCGGGGAAGCUAUUCCGCUCGCCCCUACGCCGAUCGCGUCGGCUGGGAUCGGAUCCGGAUCCGUAAAGAACGUCUGCACCCGAAUUCGAUAUGGCAUCAUGCCGGCCGCUGUACGUAUCGAGGGUUUUGAUUGUCUAGACCGUGAGCGUACUCGGAGCCGCGGCAUCCAGGCAGUCGCAUAGAUGCAUCCGCAUAAUUUCAUGGAGAGAUUUGUUCCAUCCGGUCGUUGGAGAAAAGGAAAAUUAGCCAAAGGCAAUGAAAUUAGGGGAUUUUUUUAUAGUUAUUUUGCUGCUAAUGGAGAGAAUUUUGACGUGUAAAUAGUAAGGGGAGAAAGUAAAAUAUUAAUUUAUAAUUUAUAUGGUUGGUUAUUUUAGUAAUUAUAGUAUUGUCAAGUGUUAGGGUUUCUGUUCUUCAUUAUUGAAGUUGUACAAAGAAAUGGGUUUGGCUUUGUUGGCUUGAAUCUUAUAAGAAAGAAUUUUGAGUCA